AUGCAACCUAAAUCCGAUCCCAAUGGUGCAACUGCAGCCAUCACGUCGCCGUCUUUGACCCCGGUCCAAUUGCAUGCCUUAUUCGAUAUCCUCACCCAUUUUGAGACGUUCGCAGAAGUCGAACAAUUCAAAUAUCCAGCUAUAAUAAGUCGCUAUGGCUAUCCCUUCGUUGCGAGUCCCAGCACCGAUGGCUCUGAUCCGGAGUACGCCUCCGAAUCCUCGGCGCCGCUGCUGGCAGCCUUGCUGAGGACUAUCGUGCUACCGCUCCCCGGAGUCAGGGAUCUUCCGCCGCAGUUCUGGAGUGUUAGGUUUCAGGGCAUCCUGGUGGCGUUUGCUGAAGCCGAGCUUUCCGAGAGUUACGACAAGGGAGCCUUGGGCACUCGGAAGACCCUCACGACCGCAGCAUCCGUCAUCCACGAAUCUGUCACCAGGGGCUGUCUGGGAGGCUUUCCCAGCGGUGAGAGGAGAGAUCUCAGCCGCCGUUACGACCCAGCAAAGGCCGAGGACCUCAUUGCGGCUUGGGAUGACGUCGUGCAUGAGAUUGUUUACGGGGAUCUGAUCGACGAGCUUUUCGAAUGCGCCAUCGAGAAGGACAGCCUUGAGGAGCACUCGCCGGCGGUGAAGACAGCCGUCGACUACAUCAUCAUCCAUCUAGCAAGCUUCAUGCACCACAUACUCGUCCUCUCGCCCGAGGGCCAAUACCUUUUGAAGCUGGUGGACAAUGUCCACAAACUAUUCCCAUACUCCAUGAUCAAGCAGACCCUGCGUAUCGGAAACGCGGCAACCAUGAUCAGCGGCAUGAUGAGACUCCUUCUCACCAAGAUUGGUGUCGGCGCCCUAACAAACUGGGUGGGUUGGACCCAGAAUGCCGCUGAUGGGAUGAACCUAUUGCAAAGAAUUGUUUCACUGGUGCUGUCGUGGGAUAGUUCCGAGUUCCGCAAGUCGGCAGAAAGUAUAGAGAAGACGAAGGGAGGCCCGUCAAAGGAGCACAUCGCCGUAAUCAAGCAGUACAUCGACAUGUCGAGAGACGAGCAUGAAGCUCUGCGUGCCGUCAGCAAGGAGACGCCGGAGUCCAUAGUGGCCGCCAUAUUCGAGAACAUCAGACCCGACCUCCUUGCGUCUCUGUCCGAAGCGCAGCAUGCCCAGUGCCUGGAAUACUACUCGGCCACCCUGUCCGUCCGGGACCGCGAGCAGAUAACCAAAGUCCUGUGCCGCCAGAGUCCCGACCUCUUUACCCAAGCACUCCGCGACCUAGUGGGGAGCUUUGAGCCUAUCAUCCGGGCGGUUCACGAGCGUGUGGAUAUCCGAGACCAUCUAGCCGCCGCCGAAAGCUUCAUAAACGACUUCAUCGCCACAAGCAAGCCGAAAAAGGCCCCAAAGGCCCCAAACGAAGCUAAGAACUCCGAGCUGCCCGAUAUCGCGCCAUCUGUCGAGGACUACGUCGGCCUCUUGCGGCGGAACCGGCAACUCCUAUAUAACUGGCUGCACCAGUUUGCCGCCAACUGUCCAGAUGUCCGAGACUCGUUCAGGUCAUGGGCCAAGAGCACCAUCAAAAAAGCAUUCAAGCAACACCGGGAGGAGCCCGAAGUUCCCCUUUCCCACGCACCAGAAAGCAGCACACCGCCCGACCGCGACGGACUAUCCCAACCCAAGCAGCGGCUCACCGGCGCUGGCGACAUGUCUCCGGCCCUGCAAAACAUAUUCAAAAACCUCCCCGCCAACGCACAGGCAGAAGUCCUUCCCGCCCUGGACGCGCACGCGGCCUACCUCUCCGCGCUGGAAGACCUCUCCGCCAGCCGGAUGCAGCGCAUCCUCGACAACCUGGAGAACACAGGCGACGCCUCCUCCUCCGCCUCCCCCUCCCCAGACGGGCGCGCGGCCAAGCCGUCGGGAAGAACCACCGGCAGCAGCAGCAUGUGCGGGCCGGGAAUGUUCCUCUCCCGCUGGCAGGCGCUCCUAGACGGGACCGCGGUCACGCCGGCGGCGCGCGCGGGGGCGCCGGUCCGGCGCGGCGGGGAGGUCAAGGGGUUGUCUGCGCUGGGGAAGACGGGGGCGUCGGGGCUGGGGGACGGGUGGGAUAGCGAUGCGCUGGCGAGGCGGGCGGGGGCGGACGUCCCCGAGCCGCCCGAGGUCGACGUCGUUGUGCGUGCGUUGGGGCCGGCUUUCCGGGGUUUGGCUGUGGGCUUGGCUGGGGCGGGUGGGAUGCCUUAG